AUGUCUACAAAUCAACAAAACAAUCAAGAAUUAUCAGCAUCCUCAAAUACCGAAAACAAUAGAAAUAGUUCUAUAACAACUAAUCAAGUCCAACCUGAAAGUCCAUCACGAAGAUCUGGGGAAAUUCAAGAAAUUGAUAUUGCAGAAGCUGAUCAAAGUGACAGUUGGGAGACGGAUGAUGAAGGUGAUUUUUAUACUGAAGCAUCGAAUGGUCGACUAGCUGAUCCAGACGAUGAUGAUGAUUUACUUGGUUCGGGUUUAUCUAAACAUUUAAUUGAGUGCUAUCCGAUGACAACUGCUGAGGAAAUAGCAGUAGUUGGUGUCGUAUGUGAUAUUUGUCUUAACGAAUAUAAGGCAAAUGAUAAAGUACGGACUAUUCCCUGUUUACAUCGAUUUCAUACAAGAUGCAUUGAUAAAUGGCUUAAGAAAAGUAGUAAAUGUCCCAUGUGUCGUAGUGAUUUAAAAAAAUCGAAGUGGUAUUCAGCUUGA